UCAGGUGACACACUGGAGGGCUAUUACAGCCUGUUGCCCUCUCCGGGGACCAUGAUGCCCUGCUGGUUCUGUGUGUGAGUGUGUGAGAGACAGCGGACAGCGAGCAGACGGCUGUCUGUGUCCUGCAGUGUCUGCGUCUCUCUUCUGCAGAGAUGGCUAAACUAAAACAUUGGAUCAGCAUCAGAAUAUGCGCUGUCAUACUAACACUGUUCCUUAUUCAUACACAAGUUAUAGGACAAAGCAAGCUGAUGCGAGCAGAAAAGCGAGAGUUCCUGCUGUCCACAGAGAUCCCAGCCGAGCACAUUGACCCCGCUUCCAUAGAUCUUACAGGACUAGUCAACACACUCGUCAAUGCUUCACAACCAGAUUCACAGCAACUUUUCUCCUUACUCAGUGUGACGUCACACAGUUCACUCUCUCUCCACAAGCUCACGCUGCUGGUCUACAACAUCUCAGACUUUCAGGACAUUGAGAGCAGUUUAUUUCCCUUGAGAUACUGUUACUGUCUGACAAACAAGACCAAUGACCUCACAGAUUUCACAGCUAUUCUGUUGGAUGUAAUGGGAAAUUCCACCAGUUACCUGCAAGAACUAUUUAAGUCCAGCUCUAUCCUUUCAGUCAGUCAGAAGAACAGUUCUGACUGCAUCUAUAUCUGUGUCAUGGCUGGAAAGUCAGGCAUGUGUUCAGACAGUGAUCUGUCUCAGCUAUGGGACAUGGGCUCAGUCAGACCUCUGUUUAAUCAGACCAUCACUGAAGAAAUACCCAGAGGUAAUUUGACAUUUCCAUUGCUGCCCUUCGUAGUGUGGCAUGACCUUUCAAACACUAGUGACCUGGUACUAUGGCCUAAACCCAGUACAGACUCCUACAGGACUGCCAGUACAGAGUCCCACAAGAGCAGAGUACCAACUGCUCCAAUGACAUCAUCACCUCUUAUUAAAUCAUCAGCAGCUCCUCAAACUACUGUCACUGUGACGACCACUCCCACCGCUGUGAUCACCCAGUCAAAAGCUGAUACCACGACAACACAGCCAACAAAAACCAGACAUGCGGCGACUACCACGACAGCCACACACACCAUUGCUCCCACUGUGACCACGGCAAUUUCACUGCCAACACAGAGGCAAACAACCACGACAAGCAUCCAGCAGCUCACCAAAGUAUCUCAUACAGAAAAACCAGGAUGUCCAUGGAGAAUAGAGCUAUUUCAUCAAAGAAUUGAGAAAGAGGACCUGAAGGAGACACUUGAAGAGGAGCUGAUCUGGGGCAGGGCGACCAUCAGCUCUGUGAAGCUGCAGCCGUGUGUGUUUGAGCUGUGCAAGUUUUACUCUCAAUGCGUGUGCAGAGGAUUCAGUCACAGAGCAGCAGCGUUACAGCGAUACUGUGUGGACAGCCAUCACUGGUAUGAGAGACAUACAGCAGAGGUCUGCAGUCGUAUGAGGAGACUCACUUUUUCCAGAAAUCUGAAGCAGAAAUGUCUGGCAAGAAUGUGUGUGAAGAUGUAAGACAAGAACUGAGUUGAUUUGGGGGUAACACCCUUUUGAACCAUCUGAACUGAAAAAUGUGUUAUGUACAUUAUAUGUGAGAGAAACUGGGUUCCUGUAAACUGAAUCUGUAUAGUCUGUGCAUCUAUAGUACCCAAAUUGCACUUUGUCUCUCCUGAAUAUAAAUAAAUAUAAACAUAUUUACCCAAGUUUGAUUUUUAAUGUAGUUUUACACCAACAAACACACAAAAAUCAAACCCUGAAGCAUCUGAAAGAAAAAUAUUACCCUCAAGAUGGUGAAAUACUUAUAAAAGCCAUUCAGUACUGAGAGUUGUUACUAAAAUUUGUUUAGUGCCAUUAAAACUGGA